CCAUUUGAGAAAAAAUAAAAAAAGUUUUUCUAAAAUUUCAUCUUAAAAUUCACGCACCUAAGACGCUCGUUUCUCGUCACACUUCCCCGCCGCCCACUCCGUCAGAAUCUCACCUUUUCUUCUGCCGUUUCCGACGUACUAGGAAAUUACAUAAGAGAUGGUUAUCCCUCCACCUGUUAGACCACCAAGAAUUCUAAAAUUCCUAAAGCCCUAUAUCCUGAAGAUGCAUUUCACAAACAAGUAUGUUAGUGCUCAAGUUAUCCAUUCUCCCACUGCAACUGUGGCUUCAGCAGCAAGCUCACAGGAGAAGGCCCUCAGGUCGAGCAUGGAAUCUACUCGGGACGUGGCGGCUGCUGCCAAGAUUGGGAAGAUACUUGCGGAACGCUUGCUGCUCAAAGAGAUCCCUGCCGUUUCCGUUUCCUUAAAGCGAGAACAGAAGUAUCAUGGUAAAGUCAAGGCUGUCAUUGAUUCUCUUAGGGAAGCAGGUGUCAAGUUGCUUUAAAUUUAGAACAAUUUCGAAACAUUGUUUACUUUUCUUAAUCUGUGCUUCUUAACGAUUCAUCUUUGUCCUGGAAAUGAUAAGUGAACUAGAUCCAAGGAAGAAUACAUUGUCAUUUCAUGCUUUGUAUGAUGCUGUUCGGUUUUAUUUAGGUUGUGAAAGACCACUACUUGCUCCAAAUCAAAUAA